AUGAACACAGUAUCACUUCAAAUUGCAUUACUUGGAUUUGGGAUUUGGAUAUUUGGCUAUAUUUUCUUUGGAUUUUGGCAGCAUGUUGCUGGAAACAUCACCUUUAAAUUGAGAUCUUAAUACUUGAAUGCUUUACUUAAGUAGGAAAUUUCAGUUUUAGAAAACUUAAAUAUUGAAUAGCUUCCUUCCCAACUAGGGGAAAAUUUCACUAUUAUUUAAGAGUCUAUAGGAUAAAAGUUCUCAGGAAUAAUAUUUACAAUUAGUAACAUAAUUUCAGCAAUAGUGAUAGCUUUGAUUUCUGGAGCGGAUUUAGCUGCAAUAUUUUUGCUCGUUUUUCCCAUUCUUCUUUUUAUUCUUGUGCUCUUUGGUUAAAAAGUAUAGAAAACUUCGUUAAAAUAACAAACAAUUUUAUAAAAGUUAGGUGGGGUAGUAGAAGAAAGUUUAAUGCUAAUUAAAUUGAUUGCUUCAUUCUCAAAAGAGGAUAAGGAAAUCAAUAAAUUUGAAAAAUUGGCAGAAGAAGUUAAGUGCAUUUCAGAUUAAUCAGAACUAUGGACCUCUGCUUUUAUUGGAUUACUAAAAUUUGUCAUCUUCGGAUUUUACGCGUUCAACUCAUACAUGGGGACAAUAUUUUUAUAAUAUAAUCUCAUUAAUCCAAGUACUGGGAAAGAAUAUACUACUGGUCAAAUAAUCUCUGUAAUAAUUGCAUUUAUGAAUUGUACAACUAUGAUAUUUCAAAUAAGUCCAAAUAUUUAAGGAAUCAUUAAGGCAAAAGUGGUUGGACUCCAAAUAUAUGAUGUCAUAGAUAGAGCAUCAAAUGUUUAAAAAAAGGAAUAAAUUGUUUAGAAGCUAACAGUUAAUAAGGGAAUACGAUUCGAAUCAGUUACCUUUUAAUAUUAGAAAGCAAGUAAAGCAACUUUGAAAGACAUUUCAUUUAUGAUACAAGCAAACAAAACUACAGCAAUUGUUGGUGUCUCAGGCUCUGGCAAAAGUACUAUUAUAUAAUUAAUAGAGAGAUUUUAUAAGGCAGAUAAAGGAAUAAUUUAUUUUGAUGAGGUUGAAAUUGAAAACAUUGAUUUGAAAACUCUGAGAGAGUAAAUUGGUUAUGUUCAACAAGAGCCUGUAUUAAUUAUGGGCACGAUUAGAGAUAACAUUUUGCUUGGUAAUAAAGAUGCAUCAUUAUAAGAUAUAGAGGAAGCUAUAACGAUGGCUAACGCUGACUUUAUAUAUUAGCUUGAGCACUCUCUCGAGACUUAUGUUGGCUCUUCAAAUAUCAUAAACCUUUCUGGGGGUUAAAAAUAACGAAUUGCUAUAGCAAGAGCCUUGAUAAAGAAGCCAAAAGUUUUGAUAUUAGAUGAAGCUACGAGUGCUUUAGAUCCUAAAAGUGAAAAAGAUGUCCAAUAUGCUUUGUAAAAAAUUCAGCACUCUGAUAAUAAACUAACAAUCAUCAUUAUUGCUCACAGAAUUUCAACUAUAAUGUCGGCUGACAAUCUAAUAUACCUAGAUAAGGAUCAUAAGGUUAUUCAAGCUUCCAAGAAUACGAUAAUUUACGAUGAGUUAAUAGAUAUGAAUAUUUGGUGCGGAGGUUUCGUAGCACUAGCUGUAGGUAUGGGCAUAUUUGAAUAUAUGAACAGAAUUUUGCAUUCGUAACUUGGUGAAAAUUUAACACUUGCAAUAAGAAAAAAACUUUUUUCUUCUAUGAUUAGUCAGAAUAUAGAAUGGUUUGAUAAAAAGGAAAGAGCUCCUGGUAUUUUGAGUGGGAUGUUUUAAGAGGAUGUAUCUUAACUUAAAGGACUUACCUGCUAAACAUAUGCUUUAAUACUUGAAGCAACAGUAUGCCUUUUAAUUGGCAUUGCCUUAUCAUUUUUAAAUACUUGGAAAAUGGCAUUAGUUACUAUAUCUGUGGUACCAUUUCUCAUACUUGGAGGCAUGGCUGAGUAAAUAAUAUUUUGGAAUUCAGUCAAAAAUUCAACUAAGCAAGUUAAAGAUAAUGAAGAUUAGUUAGAUCCUUAUGAUAGAGCAAAUGCUCUACUCUCAGAUAUCAUAAUAAAUUAUAAAACAGUUAUCAGCCUUGGAGAAAAGAAUGUAGAAUUUUUACUUCAAAAAUAUCAAGCUUUAUUGGAAGAACCAAAGAGAAUAGGUAUCAAGCAAGCUCAUAUUUCUGGAAUAAUCUAUGGAUAUUCUCAGUGCAUAAGAUUUCUCUUCGUUGCAUUUAUAUUCUACCUUUCUUCCAUCUUUAUCUUUAAAUACAAUGAUGAACCAGAGGAUACCUAUGUUGGAGUCUAUACAUUAUUUAUUGCUGCAAUUGGUUCUGGUUCAUUAUUUUCUCAAUUACCGUCAGUUUCUAAGUCAAAAUAGUCAGCCAAUAAGAUAUUUGAGAUCAUAGAAACCCACAAAAAAGUAAAAUAAGAUUAAAGAUAUGGCCAAGUAAUGAACUACCAAUAAAAAUAAAUCAUUUAAUAAGGUGAAAUUGAAUUCAGAAAUUUGAGCUUCAAAUACCCUUCAAGAGACAAGAAAGUUCUGAAUAACUUUUCACUUAAAAUUCCUAUGGGGUGUAAAGUAGCUCUAGUUGGUCAUUCUGGCUCUGGUAAAAGCACAAUCGCAAAUUUAUUGCUAAGACUCUAUGACUAUGAAGAAGGGUCCAUAUUAAUAGAUGGGAACAAUCUAAAAGAUUAUGAUGUGAAAUUGCUUAGGAACUCCAUUGGAUAUGUGAUGUAGGAACCUUUACUAUUUAACAUCUCUAUAAAGGAAAACAUUAUCUAUGGAAACAGUGAGGCUUCAGAUGAUUAAAUAAAAGAAGUUGCAGAGAUGGCAAAUGCUCUUUAAUUUAUAGAUGAUUUUAGCGAAAAUUAAGAGCAUAAUCCUAGCAAGGCAUUUAAGUUACCACAAGAUCAAGUAAUGCACGAAUAAUAGAAUGAAGAUUAAAACAUUGAUACAACUAUACUCUCUUAAGGGUUCAGUAAGAAAUGUGGACUUAAGGGAUCUCUGCUUUCAGGUGGAUAAAAGUAGAGAAUCGCAAUAGCUAGAGCAUUGAUUAAAGAUCCUAAAAUUUUGAUUCUUGAUGAAGCAACAUCUGCUCUUGAUGAAUAAUCUCAAGAAUCUUUUAAUAUUGCUCUUGAAAAAGCUAUGAUUGGCAGGACAAGCAUAGUUAUUGCCCAUAGAUUAAGUACGAUUAGAAAUUGUGAUUGGAUAUGCGUUUUACAUCAUGGAAAAAUGGUAGAAUAAGGAACAUUCUAGGGUUUAUCAGAUGAUGAAGAUUCUUAUUUUUAUAAGUUAAAAUCAGGGAUGGAAAUGUGA